UUGAACACGGCAUUUUGCCCAAACCAGAAACCACAAAGUGUCACGCCGACAGAUCGCAACAUCCACAAUGGAACUUUCUUAUCAAUCUAUCAGAACCGCGAAUCAAGCAAGAGAGGCGGAUGAAAUGAGAACAGAGUCCAGAAGAAGAAAUCUACUCAUAUUAAUCUUUCAUCAUUUAAUGGAGGCAGGGUACAUGGAUGCUGCCAGUGCUCUGGAACAGGAUACCAAUGUCUGCUUCCGGCGGUUUGAAGUGUGUGACAAUAUAGACCUGGACACUGUGUUGAUGGAGUAUGAGAGUUACUACUUCAUCAAGUUCCAGAGAUAUCCCAAACUAACCAAGAAACUGCCAGAACCAGUUGAAAGUCGACAUGCAAGAAGUUGUGGAAAAAAGAGGAUCCCCUGCACUGGAGGUCAGCCCCUGCCCAGAAUAAACUCCUCCCACAGACCCCCCUCCAGGGGUGGAGUCAAGAAGACAGAACCCAAGAUGGUGGUCAAGGACGCCAGUAAAGCUGUUGGUGAGAACGGUGGGCGCUCCUCUCCUCCAGAGCCGACAGAGUUCGGCCUGAAUGUUUCCCCCAUCAUCAGGAACGGAGCAGGAGAAGGACAGAUGAAGAAGGGUCAGCUGAUUGACUGCAGAGGCCUUAUCCAGGAUGCAUCCAACAGUCUGUCAGAACCCAUGGAGCCUCUUCUGAAACCCCUCAGCGCCUUCAUUGGGAUGAACAGUGAGAUGAGAGAUCUGGCUGCUGUUAUUAGCAGGGACAUCUAUUUACAGAACCCCGCUGUGCGCUGGGAUGACAUUAUAGGCCUGCAGGCUGCCAAGCGAUUAGUCAAAGAGGCUGUCGUCUACCCUAUUAAGUAUCCACAGCUAUUCACUGGCAUCCUGUCUCCAUGGAAAGGUCUGCUGUUAUACGGACCUCCAGGUACAGGUAAGACACUGCUGGCCAAGGCUGUAGCCACAGAGUGUAACACCACCUUCUUCAACAUCUCAGCCUCCAGCAUCGUCAGCAAGUGGAGAGGAGACUCUGAGAAGCUGGUCAGGGUGUUGUUUGAGCUGGCUCGCUACCACGCCCCUUCCACCAUUUUCCUGGAUGAACUGGAGUCAGUUAUGAGCCAGAGAGGGACUGGAGGAGGAGGAGAGCACGAGGGCAGCAGAAGGAUGAAGACAGAGCUUUUGGUCCAGAUGGAUGGACUGGCCCGAUCUGAUGAUCUGGUUUUUGUCCUGGCAGCAUCUAACCUUCCCUGGGAGCUGGAUCAUGCCAUGCUGAGACGUCUGGAGAAAAGGAUUCUGGUUGGCCUUCCCUCUGGCAAUGCCCGACAGGCCAUGGUCGCUCAUUGGCUGCCUCCACUCAGCUGCACUGGAGGGGUGGAGCUACGCACCGAGCUGGCCUAUGAGAUGAUUGCACAGGCGACGGAAGGCUACUCUGGGUCUGAUAUCAGGCUGGUGUGUAAAGAAGCAGCCAUGAGACCAGUCAGGAAGAUAUUUGAUGCUCUAGAGAGCCACCAGCAGGGGAGCUGCAACAUGCCUGUCAUUCACCUGGAAACUGUGACAACAGACGACUUCCUGGAGGUGAUCGCUCACACCAAACCCUCGGCCAGGAACCUUAUAGACAAAUACACUGCCUGGGAGACUGAGUACGAGUCUGUGUGACACACUCAACAUAGCAAUAUACACAUGUAUAUACAGUGCCUUCAGAAAGUAUUCAGACCCCUUGACUUUUUCCACAUUUUGUUAUUUUACAACCUUAAUUUAAAAUGUAUUAAAAAUAUUUAUUUUUUUACUUUUUAUU